UUCAUCUCUGUGAACAAUCAUUUGUUUCCAUCAGUGAUCCAGAAUGAAAAGCUGCAGACUUUAGGACAGUUUUUCUGGAUUUUACUUAAAUUUGUUUAAAAUCUGCAGAAACUUCUGCGUCUGCAGCUUCGCUGUGACUCUGAUAAUGAGAAGAACUUCUGCUGCUCUCGUUGUUUCGGCUUCUUGCAAACUUAUAAAAAUGUGACGAGGAAGAAAACGAGGGAGAGAGAGAUGGGAGGAGCGGUGUGCAGAGCGGGGGGGAAGGAGGAGAAGAGAAGGAGCGUGGGGGGGGAGGACAGUCUGACAUCAGCUGACAGAAUCCGUCGAUUCGCCGUCAGACAGUUUGGAUUCAAUGUCCUGAGUCUGGCUCGCAGAGGACUUAAGGACGUCCCAGAUGAACUGUGGGAGCUGCUGGAGUUGCAGAAGUUAAAUCUUUCUCUCAACAGUCUGAAGCUUCUUCCUCCUCAGCUGACUCUGCUCUGCAACCUGGAGGUGCUCAACCUCUGGGGGAACCAGUUGUGUGUCUGUGUGCAGCUCAGCAGUCUGCCGGCAGAGAUCGGACGAAUGAAGAAACUCCGAGUUUUAUUCGUCUACAGAAACAGACUGACAGAAGUUCCUACAGAGCUGGCAGCGUGCACGCAACUCGAGGUUCUGAGUUUGGCCAACAACCAGUUGUCCUCGCUGCCCGACUCGCUCUGCAGUCUGACCCGCCUGAAGAAACUCAACCUCAGCCACAACAACAUCUCGUACCUCCCGGCCUGCGUCGGCAGCAUGAAGGCUCUGGUGUUCCUCCACCUCUCCUGUAACCGUCUGGAGAAUCUGCCAGAGAACAUCCGGUCUCUGGUGGAGUUAAAGAUCCUCAUCGUGGAGGGAAACAGCCUCCACUCUCUGCCCAAAGCCCUCUGCUACCUCACCAGGUUGGAGCUGCUGAAUCUGGACUUUAACGACAUCAAGGACGUUCCUCAGGAGUUGUUCCGUCUGUCCCGUCUCCAGAGACUUGCCGUCCAUCCACUGGAUAAAGGGUUGCACCUCGUCCACAACCCGCUGCAGAAACCCGUCAGGGAGGCGCUGGAAGGGGGGGGGCUCAGCAGCCUGUUCAGCUACCUGAGGGCAGGGGGCGGGGCUUAUUAACACCUGGGGGUGG